AUGGCUGCGAUGCCGUCGUCUGCGUGCGCUGCGCAGGUGGUCGCUGUACGCACCUUGUACAGCGACAAGGUGCAGGACCACUACAAGAACCCGCGCAACGUGGGCAAGCUGGACAAGAACGACCCGAACGUGGGUACCGGGCUGCGCGGCGCACCGGAGUGUGGCGACAUGACGCAAAUGCAGGUGAAGGUAAAUCCAGAUACUCUUGUGAUCGAGGACGUCAAGUUCAAGGCGUUCGGCUGCGGGAGCGCGAUAGCUGCGUCGUCGUACGCGUCGCAGGCGAUCCGCGGCAAGACUGUUGCGGACGCGCUGAAGCUGACGAACAAAGAGAUUGCGCAUGAGCUAUCUCUGCCGCCGGUAAAGCUGCACUGCUCCAUGUUGGCGGAGGAGACGAUCCACGCGGCGGUGGAGAAUUACCUGUCGAAGAACCCGACGCUGAAGAGCAAGGUGUCGAAGCGGAAGGAGAACGAGGCCAAACAGGAGUGA